AUGAAUACAACUACUGGAAUGACCUACACAUCAAUCAAAGCAGGCAAUUUAUUAUCUGCAGUGGCCUUACUUGUUUCCCUGCUGUUUGGACUGGUCUUGAACACCCUUUAUCUCUGGGUCCUCAGAUUCAGGAUGCGCAAGAGCAUCAACACCACUUGGUUCUUUCACUUGAUUUUGCCCAAUUUUGUGUUUACAAUCACAAUGCCAUUUCUUGCAGCAUAUAUGAUAAUGCUUCCCCACUGGAUAUUUGGCUCCUUCCUAUGUAAAUGCCUAAAUUCCCUGUUUUCUGUAUGUAUGUAUGCAUCUGUUUUCUUUCUCACAGUAAUCAGCCUUGAUCGCUACAGUUUAGUCUUCCACCCAGUCUGGUACAGAGGACACAUGAAUAAUAGCUAUGCCUCUGCCAUCUGUAUUUCUCUUUGGGGGUUGGCUAUUUUGUUUAGCUCCCCGUACUUAGUAUUUCGCCAGACACAUCUCCUGGAGGACAAUAAAACCACCAUUUGCUACAAUAAUUAUACUAUUUCUGGGUCAAUCUGGCAAGAGUCAAAAAUACAACUGAGAUGGGUCAUGUUCAGCUUUCAUCUACUAUUGGGCUUCCUACUGCCAUUUGCUGUAAUCACUGUUUGCUAUGUCAGAAUUGCUCUGAGGAUGAAGAAGGGAAAUCUGGUCAGAUCAAGUAAACCUUACAAGAUCAUAUUUAUAACGGUGGCAUCUUUCUUUAUAUCCUGGUUCCCCUAUCAUUUAUGGUAUGGAAUGAGAAUGACCAAUGAAGAAGGCAGGUUCCAUAAAACUACUUUGAGUAUACUGAUGGCCUUUAGCACAUGCCUGAUUUGUAUUAAUUAUUGUUUUACACCGCUAUUUUACUUGUUUAUUGCGAAGAACUUCAAGAAAUCAUUACGGAAGUCUAUACUGUUGCUCAUUGAGUCUGUAUUUAAUGAAACGCUUAACUCAUUGAACAGGAGUUUUGAAGACAAAUCAUAUGCCCCUUCCAGCUCUGCCGCAACUGAGAGAAACCAGGGAGAAGCAAUACAUGUGCCCGUUGCCUUUUCUGACAUUAAAUAGUGACACAUUGAAUGGAGGGUG